CUACAUUCGAAAUGAAUGAAUGACCUUUUUUUCUUCUUCUUUGUCUUACUAGAUCUGUCGGAGAAGAAGAGCGACCUACGAGUGUGUGACGACUCCAGCUGCCGUUUUGGAGGUGUCUGUAGGGAUGACGGGGCCACGCUGAAGUGUGUGUGCCAGUUUCAGUGCCACAAAAACUACAUCCCUGUAUGUGGCUCCAAUGGCGAUACCUACCAGAAUGAGUGCUACCGAAGACAGGCCUCCUGCAAACAGCAGAGGCUCAUAUCACUCUCAUCUGAUGGGCCAUGCACUGCAGAUACUGGCUCCGGCUCUGGAGACGGAGAAUACGAAGGCUCAGGCACAGACGCGGGGAAGAAGUUCACUAAGUGCGGCAAGUGCAAGUAUGGAGCAGAAUGCGACGAGGACUCUGAGGACGUUUGGUGCAUAUGUAACAUUUACUGCAGUGGACACAAUGAGAACCCUGUGUGCGCCACGGACGGAAACUCCUACAACAAUCCCUGUCUGGUCCGAGAGGCCUCGUGCAUGAAGCAGGAGCAGAUCGACGUCAAGCAUCUUGGGAGAUGCCCAGCAGAUAAAGAGAAAAUGGGGAAGAAAGAUGACGGCAGUUCGUACAAUCUUUUAGACACCGCAGACCCGGGGGAUGGCCUCUACGCUGGGAUGCACAUCCCUUGUGCGGAGAGCUACGCUGGCUUCUGUGUACACGGGAAAUGCGAGAUCAAGUACAACAUGGCCACCUGCAGGUGUGACUCGGGCUACAAGGGGGCGCAGUGYGAGGAGCCCCAGGACUUCAACAUCCUGUAUGUGGUGCCCAGCGGCCAGAAGCUCCACUACGUCCUCAUCGCCGCCAUCAUUGGCGCCGUACAGAUCGCCGUCAUCGUUGCCGUGGUGAUGUGCAUCAUGAGGAAAUGCCCGAAAAACAACAGGGGCCGUCGACAAAAGCAAAACCUCGGACACUUCUCAUCAGACACUAACUCCAGGAUGGUAUAGCUCGUGUUUUGAAAUCUUUUUUUCUUACAACGUGGAACACAAUUUUUUUUMAUGUAAGAUGUGUCAUUUUAUUAUUUUAUUCUUCCCAAAAUAUAGAAGAAUGAGGAUAUUUAUUUCAGGGACCUUACUUUUCUGUUUCUCUGGUGGAUAUGUAGCGUGUAUUGCAACGYUAUUUUUACAUUUUCCAGCCACAUACUGGUAUGAGGAACCGUCGACCAAGCCGCUCGUCGCUUACCCUUAUAUCGGCAUUUUUGUUUCGUUAUUUUUUUAUUCCUGUUUGUUUACUUUUUGCUUUUUUCGAAAAUACGGUACCUUCGGCGAACUGGAAAAUGAAUCCCAAGGAAACAUGUACAGCGUCUGCCUAUAUGGAAUGUGCUACGUAUUGGAAACAAUUCUUUCCAAGACUCUCUCUCUCUCUCUUUCUAUCUCUUUUUACAAAUGAUGUGCAGCUGAUCACCAAAAUGAAGUUUUUAUUUAUUGGGUGAGGGGUCAGCCAGCAAGGUGGAUAAUAUGUUUACACUUAUUCUUUGAUAUGUAAUUACAAUUUUAAAGAAUACACUGUGUUUAACUAGCUAAUCAUUUAUUUUGUCAUUUUAUUCAUGGUUACAUUUUUUACGUUUACAUUAUUAUUACGAGGAUUCUUUUUCUAAUUCUAGUUACUGUACUGUAUAUUGCAUGACUUGUGAAACUGUGUUCUGUGAUGUAGUUUUAACUUAAAGAAAAGAUGACAAGUCUCUAAGCUCUCAUCUCAGCAGCUCGACCAGUCCGAUUAUCCCAGCACAUUUAUGAUAGGCCUCCAUGUAAAAUAGAAUUCGGAUGGUAGAUUGAUUGAUUUGUCAGUGGAGGGGGAAAAAAGGAUUGUGCAAUGUUUCAUAUAAGUCUCCUGUCAGUCUUCUCAAACCAGUCAUACUGGGUUACAUCAAUGUAUCUAUGACUGGAGUUUGACUUCGAUGGUGGAGACAUGAAAGUGGAUUGUAAUGCGUUGGGGCAGCAUUUUUGGGGGGGUCUUUUAACUGUCUUACAAUCACAUGAUUGUAAUGAAAGAGCUGUUGACUUUGGGGGAGCAGUGGUAUUUAAUUGAAUGAUACAAAAUGAAGGACUACACAUUGAGAUACUACUAUCAUCCCUUUAUGAUACUUACAUGUAAUUAAAAAACGUAUUGGUUGCCGAAAUGGAUGUAAUCAAGGGUUUUCUUUGAAUGUGAGGAUGUAAUGCUGUUGUUUCUCCACAACACGUGACUUACAUUUGCUCCUCAGCAAGACAUUCCAAAUACAGAGAAAAUGUUGAAUGGACGAAUGAAUAGGAUGAAAAAGAACACUUGCGAGGUCCAAAGUGUAAUGCAUAACCGCCAGUUAAGUAGAUAUGUUUUUCAUCACUGGGGCCUUUAUGUAAAUGUCUUUAGUCUGCCUUCAUCUGGUCGUAGGUCUUUGAGCGAGAGCGUUUCUAAUUGUUCUUUACCAUCUCAGCCGUGACUAUAAAUGUGACUAGAAUGUGUUUGACAUGUCGUUGAUCUUCUGCAUGUAGGACUUCAUAGGCAAUUUGUCCCCCAAAAAAUAAAAUGAAAAUGUUUUUUAAUGUA